AUGUGUCUAUAUCUAUUCAUAUCUCUGUUUAUUAUCUAUAUUCAUAACUAUCUAAGUAUCUGUGCCUGUUUUAUGUCCAUAUCUAUCCAUAUAUUUUUGUUACACUCUCCCUUUACCUAUUUUUUUCUAUAUCUCUCCUUUAUCUAUCUCUUUCCACACAUAUGUCCCUCUUUCUAUCUAUUGUACUCUCUCAUCUAUUUUUCUCGCUUUUUAUCUACCUCCCUCUUUCUAUUUCUAUUUACAUCUCUACAUUAUCUCUCUCUACCACCCGUUUCGCUUUCUAUUUCUCUCUCAAUAUAUCUACCACCCAUUUUUCUUUCUAUCUAUAUUUACCUCCAUUUUUUUUUAAUUCGUUGCUAUCGCGAGAAAGAAGCUUCAAAUCUAAAAUGGCUGUCGAUUCAGCUCGAAGCUGGCCUCUUAAAUCGAAGCGUGUUUAGUGAUUUGAACAACUUCUCUUCCUCAUUAUUAUUAUUAUUAUUACUUCUUUCUUCUUUUCCUCUUCAUUAUUAUUACUUCUUUCUUCUCAUCCUCCUCAUUAUUAUUACUUCUUUCUUCUCAUCCUCCUCAUUAUUAUUACUUAUUUCUUCUCAUCCUCCUCAUUAUUAUUACUUAUUUCUUCUCAUCCUCCUCAUUAUUAUUACUUAUUUCUUCUCAUCCUCCUCAUUAUUAUUACUUAUUUCUUCUCAUCCUCCUCCUCCUCAUUAUUAUUAUUACUUUCUUCUCAUCCUCCUCCUCCUCAUUAUUAUUACUUAUUUCUUCUCAUCCUCCUCCUCCUCAUUAUUAUUACUUAUUUCUUCUCAUCCUCCUCCUCCUCAUUAUUAUUACUUAUUUCUUCUCAUCCUCCUCCUCCUCAUUAUUAUUACUUAUUUCUUCUCAUCCUCCUCCUCAUUAUUAUUACUUAUUUCUUCUCAUCCUCCUCCUCAUUAUUAUUAUUAUUUCUUCUCAUCUCCUCCUCCUCAUUAUUACUUAUUUCUUCUCAUCCCUCCUCCCUCAUUAUUAUUACCUUCUCAUCAUCCUCCUCCUCAUUAUUAUUACUUAUUUCUUCUCAUCCUCCUCCUCAUUAUUAUUACUUAUUUCUUCUCAUCCUCCUCCUUAUUAUUACUUAUUUCUUUCUUUCUCAUCCUCCUCCUCAUUAUUAUUACUUAUUUCUUCUCAUCCUCCUCCUUAUUAUUACUUAUUUCUUCUCAUCCUCCUCCUCAUUAUUAUUAUUUCUUCUCAUCCUCCUCCUCAUUAUUAUUACUUAUUUCUUCAUCCUCCUCCUCAUUAUUAUUACUUAUUUCUUUCAUCUCCUCCUCAUUAUUAUUACCUUCUCAUCCUCCUCCUCAUUAUUAUUACUUAUUUCUUCUCAUCCUCCUCCUCAUUAUUAUUACUUAUUUCUUCUCAUCCUCCUCCUCAUUAUUAUUACUUAUUUCUUCCAUCCUCCUCCUCAUUAUUAUUACUUAUUUCUUCUCAUCCUCCUCCUCAUUAUUAUUACCUUCUCAUCCUCCUCCUCAUUAUUAUUACUUAUUUCUUCUCAUCCUCCUCCCCUCAUUAUUAUUACUUAUUUCUUCUCAUCCUCCUCCUCAUUAUUAUUACUUAUUUCUUCUCAUCCUCCUCCUCAUUAUUAUUACUUUUCUUCUCAUCCUCCUCCUCAUUAUUAUUACUUAUUUCUUCUCAUCCUCCUCCUCAUUAUUAUUACUUAUUCUUCUCAUCCUCCUCCUCAUUAUUAUUACUUAUUUCUUCUCAUCCUCCUCCUCAUUAUUAUUACUUAUUUCUUCUCAUCCUCCUCCUCAUUAUUAUUACUUAUUUUUCUCAUCCUCCUCCUUUAUUAUUACUUAUUUCUUCUCAUCCUCCUCCUCAUUAUUAUUACUUAUUUCUUCUCAUCCUCCUCCUCAUUAUUAUUACUUAUUUCUUCUCAUCCUCCUCCUCAUUAUUAUUACUUAUUUCUUCUCAUCCUCCUCCUCAUUAUUAUUACUUAUUUCUUCUCAUCCUCCUCCCAUUAUUAUUACUUAUUUCUUCUCAUCCUCCUCCUCAUUAUUAUUAUUAUUUCUUCUCAUCCUCCUCCUCAUUAUUAUUACUUAUUUCUUCUCAUCCUCCUCCUCAUUAUUAUUACUUAUUUCUUCUCAUCCUCCUCCUCAUUAUUAUUACUUAUUUCUUCAUCCUCCUCCUCCUCCUCCUCAUUAUUAUUACUUAUUUCUUCUCAUCCUCCUCCUCCUCCUCAUUAUUAUUACUUAUUUCUUCUCAUCCUCCUCCUCCUCAUUAUUAUUACUUAUUUCUUCUCAUCCUCCUCCUCCUCAUUAUUACUUAUUUCUUCUCAUCCUCCUCCUCCUUCUUCUUUCUUCUCAUCCUCCUCCUCCUCAUUAUUACUUCUUUCUUCUCAUCCUCCUCCUCCUCAUUAUUACUUCUUUCUUCUCAUCCUCCUCCUCCUCAUUAUUACUUCUUUCUUCUCAUCCUCCUCCUCCUCAUUAUUACUUCUUUCUUCUCAUCCUCCUCCUCAUCAUUAUUACUUUUCUUCUCAUCCUCCUCCUCCUCAUUAUUUUCUUUCUUCUCAUCCUCCUCCUCCUCAUUAUUACUUCUUUCUUCUCAUCCUCCUCCUCAUCAUUAUUACUUCUUUCUUCUCAUCCUCCUCCUCAUUAUUAUUACUUCUUUCUUCUUCUCUUCCUCCUCAUCAUUGUUAUUAUUAUUUAUUAUUAA